AUGGCUGCAGAAGAUGGACCGAAACGCUCGCAAGAAACGGAUAGUUUGGUGAAACGCCUUGCGGGUCCAUCCUCUGGGAAAGCAGGUCUUGCUAAAGACCAGACGGAAAUUAAUCGUAUCAUCACCGAAGCUUCUAAAGGGUCCAAGUUUUACGACAACGAAAAGAAGAAGGACAAGGAGGUAACUGUGAGGAUAGAGAAGAUACUGAAGGAGCGUGAUGAAUCACUCAAGACUGCGGAUAUCCGAAAGAUCGAGGCCAGCGUCGACCAAUUGAUAGCUGAACUCGAAGCACAACGGGAUCUGACGCAAAUUGUAGUUCACGUCGACAUGGACGCCUUCUACGCUAAUGUAGAGCUCCUGGACAACCCAAAGCUACAUGGAAAACCAUUCGCUGUCGGGAAAGGCGUGCUGAGUACCGCUUCGUAUGAAGCCCGUAAGUACGGUGUACGGUCGGGAAUGGCAGGUUUCAUUGCGAAGAAGCUUUGCCCGGACCUCAUAUUCCUCCCGAAUCGCUUUUCGCGCUACUUGGAGAUGUCAAAGAAGAUUAUGGACAUCUUCCACCGAUACGAUCCAGAUAUGUGCCCUGCGGGAUGUGAUGAAGGGUAUCUCAACAUUACGCCGUACUGUGAAGAGCACUCUAUGGCCGCCGAAGAUUGCGUGAGAGAGAUGCGUGAAACGGUGUUUCGUGAGACUAAGUUGACUGUCAGUGCGGGUAUCGCACCGAACAAGAUGCUUGCAAAGAUAUGUUCUGAUAAGAACAAGCCCAAUGGCCAGUUCCAGCUUGAGUUCAAACCUGAAGCCAUCAAAACUUUCAUGCGCGAUCUCUCCAUUCGCAAGGUCCCAGGCAUCGGCCGGGUAAAUGAAAGGCUGUUAGACGCCAUUGGUAUCAAGACGUGUGGUGACAUCUACCAGCAGCGAGCAGUCGUUUCAUUAAUGGACAAGCGCUUUGGCCUGGUGUUUCUUUGCCGGACGUAUCUCGGGAUCGCUUCCAACGUCGUGCAGCCCCAUGAACGCGAGGAGCGGAAGAGCAUUGGGGCGGAAAGGACAUUUUCAACGUUGGACAGCAAGGAGAAGAUAUUCGAGAAGCUAACGGAGGUUUCCAUUGAGCUGGAGAAAGAUAUGGAGGAGACGGGGUGGGUUGGCCGCACCGUUACGUUAAAGUUCAAGCUGGACACGUACCAAGUCUUCACGCGUGCCAAAUCCAUCGAUCACUGGGUCUCGAAGAAGGAAGAGCUGCUCGCCAUUGGAAAGGAAUUGCUCCUUCCUGAAUUUCCUCUUAAAAUCAGAUUAAUUGGUCUGAGGGUCACUAAAUUGAAAGAUCUCAGAGCAAAAGAUGAUCCAACGAAUGGAAUAAAGAGGUUUUUCCAAUCCUCAAAGGAGAACGAACCACGGAAGAAGCUCAAGCUAGAAGACGAUGCUGACCUACAUGAUGUCGUGGAGGAUGCGAUGCCUGGCUUCCAUGAACAUGACGAAACUGAUUACCAAGUGGACGAUCACGACGAGGGAGACGACAUUGUCGAAAUCACCAACCUGGACAAAGAUGCCACCCGCAGUCGCCCUCCACACUCGACAAGUAAUGCACAAGCGUCGUCAAGCAAACUCGAGUCUGUACCUGUACGCGCUCGCAGCACUAGUGCUGCCCCUCGCCUGAGAGAGGACAAAGGCAAAUUAAUCGCAACUCCAAUCAAGGCGUCGACACAAGAGUGCCCGAUCUGUAGUAAAGUCUUGGAGACAGACAACGAUGGCCUGAAUGCACACAUCGACUUCUGCCUCAGUCGAGGUGCUAUCAUGGAAGCCCAGGCUGAGACGAAUAAACUGGUCAAGAAGCCAUAUGUUGGAUGGGCAAGGCAAGAAUCCAGCAAGAAGGUGGACACGAAACCUCCGUCUUCUCGAGGCAAACGACCUUCAAAACGUGGACGAUAG